AUGGACUCAUCCAGCAGCUCGUCGCAUGACCCUACUGAAACUCUCCGCAAUGCUACCUUUGCCCGCAGUGGGGGUGUGCCUGUCUCACCAGAGAGUGCGGUGACAGCUUCGGAUCUGCUGCUGGGUCAAUUCGACCCCACAAAACUGCAUCCCAUGGCUGGCUUGGGAGACAAGCUUGACUAUUUGCUGCUGGACGAUGACAAAACGAGUGACCUGCCAGGGUCGGGCACGGCAAUCCCCUCUCGGGGCUGGAGUGACGACUUGUGUUAUGGCACCGGGACCAUGUAUCUCAGUGGUCUCGCCCUCGGCGGUGUGUGGGGUUUGCGUGAAGGCGCGCGAAGACCCCUAGCAGCGUCCAAUUCCCGGUUGCGGAUCAAUAGCGUUCUGAAUUCCGUUACACGAAGAGGGACCUUUAUUGGCAACUCGGCGGGUGUCCUGGCCCUUGUCUAUAAUGGCAUAAACUCUUCCAUUGACGGCAUAAGGGGAAGGCAUGAUACGGUGGGCAGCAUGGCCGCUGGUGCGCUGACCGGUGCGCUCUACAAAGCAACAGCGGGCGUGCGGCCAGCCUUAGCUGCGGCCACUUUCGUAUCUGCACUAGCAGGCGUCUGGAGCUAUGUCAAGCGGAGCGUUUAA